CGAAAACUGAGCACCACCAUGGUUUGUUCCGAUUGCUGUAACUUGAGACACUCAAAUUCUCUACAUCAGGACCUUGGUGGAUCCCUAGGAAGAGAUGCUGCUACAGGAAGAGGAGUACUCUUUGGGACAGAAGCCCUGCUUAAUGAGUAUGGAAAGAGCAUUGCUGGACAACGGUUUGUUGUGCAGGGAUUUGGGAAUGUUGGUUCCUGGGCUGCUCAGCUAAUAAGUGAAAAUGGUGGGAAGAUUGUUGCAGUGAGUGACAUAACUGGAGCAAUAAAGAACAGUAAAGGAAUUAACAUUCCAAGCUUAAUCAAUCAUGCCAAAGAAAAUGGUGGGAUCAAAGGUUUCAAUGGUGGGAAUGCAAUAGAUCCUAACUCGAUACUCGUUGAGGACUGUGACAUUUUAAUUCCAGCAGCCCUUGGGGGUGUUAUCAACAGGGAAAAUGCAAAUGAUAUCAAAGCCAAGUUUAUUGUUGAGGGAGCCAACCAUCCAACUGAUCCAGAGGCUGAUGAGAUUUUAUCAAAUAAGGGUGUUGUCAUCCUUCCAGACAUAUAUGCAAACUCGGGUGGCGUUACUGUUAGUUAUUUUGAAUGGGUUCAGAACAUCCAAGGCUUUAUGUGGGAGGAGGACAAAGUGAAAGCUGAGCUGAAAAACUACAUGACUAAAGGUUUCAAAAAUGUCAAGGAAAUGUGCAAAACCCACAACUGUGAUCUCCGAAUGGGAGCCUUCACCCUCGGAGUUAAUCGUGUCGCCCGAGCAACCCUUCUUCGGGGAUGGGAAGCCUGAGGCGGCACCUAACUGAAUAAGGAUUGAGGUUUCCAUGAAGCUCAAUAUUUCUUGUCCAUUAGUCUAUCUGCAUCUAUCACAAGAGCUCAGAGAAAGGCUUUACUAUUAUGUAUGAUUUUCCUUGGCAUUGUUUACGGCUGCACUUUCAAACUUGUGAACUCUGUUUUAAGCUCUCCUUUUUUCAGAG